UCGCUCCAAAUCAUUUACAAACUGCAACUGUAUUGGUUACCAUCGCAACGCAUCGUCAGAAGCAAUAACAACAAAGCAAAGCAUAGUAUUAUCUUCAACAAGGCUGUUAUUUUCACUUAUUUAAAUCUUAAAAUUGAAAGCCAAAAUAAAUUUUAGGAUAUAAUGUGGUCAGAAACUUUAAGCCUAUUUAAGGAUUCUAAAAUCAUUUCAAUUAUUCAAAAGUUAUCUUUACUCUUUAUUCAAUUAUGCCAAGCUCAAAAUAAGCAAUUGUUACAAACUCUAGCGCAAUUAGCAAUAAAAAUUAAUUUAAUUGAUUCCAAGAACCGAUAUGUUAUAAAUGAUGAUGUUACAGCUGAACAAGAGCAAGAAUUUUUAAAGAUGUGUUAUGAUAAUUUGUUUGAUUUGAAAAAUAUCUCAAGCCUUACUCUCAGGAUGCAGUGUUUAUUUCAUGGAAGAUUUGUGAGAAGAGAUGUUUUCAGAAAUCAUCAGAAACAUAAUGUUAUGAAAAAAUGCUCCCAUCUAAUUCAAAAACUGAGCAAUCCCUCAGAAGAUCUGAAGGAUUUCCAAAAAGAUUUGAUCAAGCUGAUACUGAUAAAAGAGGGUAUGGCUGAUCAGAAUGAUACCUUAGCCUUCCAUGAAAUGAAAACGGCAGUGAAUAGUAUUUUCCCAUCAUCAGCCAUCUCAACAUUUGUGUCCAGCAAUCAGAGGACCAAAAUAGCUUUCAUCAAUGAGAUAUCCUCAAUAGCUGCAGGAAUCAGACUUCAUAAUUGGUACGGGCAGAAGGCAGGAAAAUUUAUGCUUGAUGUUGGAAAAGUAAUGAGAGAGAUCCUUCCUCAAAUGAAUGAAGACUUGUUUGAAGAUCUCACCAAUACAAACAGUGAAAUAGAACGCCUAGAAGAAAUAUUGUUGGAUGAUGGAGAAAGAAGAGAAUAUGAAAAGAGGUGCCUCAUCUUUUUGAGAAAUUAUUACAAGUACAUAAAAAUGAUUAAGGAGAGUGUUCAGGAAGUAGCUGUGCACACAUACAAGCUUGAUUAUGCGUUCAGUGUUCAGUUAAAAGAACUGGAGGUGGCCCUUAAGACUGGACCCUUCACAAAAGCGGACAAAGUAUAUAAGUUCUAUGACCUUGAAUUGAGAACAACCCCUGAAUUGUCCCAGUCAUCUGUUGAAUUGAACUAUAAAAAUGGCUGUGAAAUUGAGACUCAGAGAUUAAUGCCAAAUGAUGUCAAAAACUUUUAUAAAAUCACCUUAGAAUUCCAAGAUUUCUGUGCCUACUAUUGCAGUAUGGGAAUACUCGUUCCAUGUAAAAGAGAAUUAGGAAUUAUUAGGCAUGGAAAUGCAUGCUAUGGGUUCUCCACAAUGGACGCAUUUGAAUUCUUCGAAAAGAAACCACUGGAUUGUCUGAAUGCCAUAAAGCAGCAUGUACUCUCCAUGCCUGAACUCAUCCUAACUAUAGGCAUGGAGAAAAUCUUCAAUCUAUCUAUCACAAACGUCUUCAGCUCCCGACAUAUUCGACCUAUUUCAAUUUCAGACAGUAGUGCUCAGACGAUGCUUCAUCCAUUGGAAGAAAAAAUAGUUCACAGCUAUCAUUGGAAUCAGUGGAAAUUGAGGAAAAAAGCAUUACAAGCCGUGGACCUUAUGGAUAAAAAAACUCAUUCAACACAAACAGAUACGAGCCAUUUUAGAAGAGAAAAUCAUAGCCAAGUCUAUUUGCCUAAAGAUCAAUCUACUCAAACAAAAAAAGAUAGCGCCACCAAUGUAUCAGGAGCUCAGAUUCUAGGGAGACUCUGAAAAGUUUUUAUUUACUGCAACAAAAUGUGUCUUCACUAAGUUGAAUGGUAUGAAUCCAAAUGUUUUGUGCCUUUUACAAUGCUUUUAACAAAAUGUAUCGGUCAUGGAAAAAAAAUCCAUACUAAUUAAAAACUCUAUUUUAUCAAAUCGUUUAGUACUUUUGUAAAAAAAUAUUUCAUCAUGCAUCUAAUAAAAGAUUUGAUUUUUGACUUUUGUAAAUAUUUGAUAAAUAAAACAUUGUUUUAACUUAUA